UCGACACCAACUCCACCAGGUAAGGCAAGCAGCAACUGGGAUAGGAACUGUAAUUUGGUCUUCAGACUGGGGAUCAGAAAACAAAAAUCACAACUUUUUAAAAUUUCAAAAGUCUUGCAGUCUUGCUUUUCUGUGAGACCUCAACUACUGAAUGAGAGGCUAAAACAUACAAUUGUGGAAAGAUAAGUAUUUUCUUAUGGCAGCAUUAGGACUUUUUUUCUUUCUUGUCAUUGUAACUUCAGGUUGAAGCUGUUGGGCCUCAGGAGAUAUUACAGUUGGUAUUUCCAUUUAAAGAUGUCUCUAAACUCAUUUAUUCAUCCGGAUUGAGAUCGUCUUCUAACCCUGACAGCUGACUUGCUAAACCCUAAAACAAGAUUACGAAACAGUUCGGAUUUUAUCGACUUAAACUGCUUUGCUAAUCUACUCAGAUUCCACGUUGUCCCAAUAGACAGCCAUAUGUUGGCUGCCAGCUAAUUUAGGUCAGUUUGCGGAUGAGUGUUUUGCAAAGCAUUCUUAAUUUUGAGACCUAUAAAUCUGCUUUUAGGCAGGAUAUUUAACACUGCUUUAGUGGAUACAUUACCAUAUUCCUUUGUGUGUUUCCACCAUUCCUCUUUAACAUCCUGUGUGUUUUUUGACUCUAGACCACCACCAUGAAAUUCGUGGCUCUUGCUCUUGCCGUUCUCCUGGCAGUCGGCUCCCAGGCCGCUUCCCUGCAGGCUGAUGCCCCCUCCCAGCUUGCCCAUAUCAGGGCUGCUGCGGAUGUCUACAUGACACAGGCAAAGGAAAGUGCCAUCAAAGCUCUGGACCAGCUUGAUGACACUCCAUACCAGGAAUUGAAGGCUACCCUGGCUCAGCGCCUGGAGGAUAUGCACAACAACAUCAAGCAGCUGCAGAACCAAGUGUCCCCUAUGACCGACACUGUUGUUUCCAGCAUCUCUGAUGCCACUGCUGAGUUGCGUGCUUCUAUUGCAGCUGACAUUGAGGCUCUCAGAGCUGAACUAGAGCCCAAGCGUGCCAAGCUGAGGGAGGUCCUCGAAAAGCACUUGGAGGAGUACCGCACCCACUUGGAGCCCUACGUCAGAGAGUACCAAGCUAAGCAGAAUGCUGAGAUGGAGGCGCUGAGGGCCAAGAUGGAGCCCGUUAUGACGGAGCUGCGUCAGAAGGUAGCCACCAAUGUGGAUGAGACCAGAGCUGCCCUGAUGCCCAUUGUUGAGUCUGUGCGCACCAAGCUUGUUGAGCGACUGGAGGCCCUGAAGGCGAUGGCUACCCCUUACGUGGAAGAAUACAAAGAGCAGCUGAGACAGGCCUACAGCCAGGCACAGGGCGUCAACACUGAGCAGAUCACUAGCCUGAGGGAGAAGCUGACUCCUCUUGGAGAGGAAAUCAAGGAGAAGCUCCACGCCAUGGUUACCAUCAUCAAAGAUACCUUCAACAAAAACUAAAUCCUCUGUAUCUUUCUUUUAACUAACCUCACCUUGCUGUCUGUCUUAGAUAUAUUGAAGCUGUCUCUAUGUUCUUUCUUCCCCCUCACAAACAGACCACCUCAGAAGUGAAGCUAGUGCCUAACUUAUGAACAAAAAUGGCGGAACUUCCUUCCCUCCGAGCACGCAAUUUCAUGCCUAAAUGCAAGCACGCACACAGAGACACAUACACACCUAGCACAUAUCUUCAUCUUUACAUGCCAUUUGCUAACACAUUGGGUAUGAAGUGUUUGUGAAUUACCACACAGGCUUGAAUCUCUGUGUAACUAUGGUAACUGUGCUUUGAUGAAAAAUACAGCUCAAUAAACAUCUGACUGUUUAUACAA